AUGUCUGUCCAGUAUCCACCACAGCAUUCCGUACUACUAGUAAGUAGUGGAUAUGAUCAUACAAUUCGAUUCUGGGAAGCACUAAGUGGCAUUUGUUCAAGAACUAUCCAGCAUGCCGACACGCAAGUGAAUCGACUUUGUAUUUCACCAAACAAGCGUUUUUUAGCAGCCGCUGGAAAUCCGCAUGUACGCCUUUACGACAUUAACUCUAAUAGCCAAUUGCCUUUGAUGACUUUUGAAGGGCAUACCAAUAAUGUUACUGCAGUAGCUUUUCAUUGCGAUGGUAAAUGGCUGGCCACGUCCAGCGAAGAUGGUACGGUAAAGGUGUGGGACAUGCGUGCGCCAUCUGUACAAAGAAACUAUGAUCAUAAAUCACCUGUUAAUGAUCUCUUUAUUCACCCAAAUCAAGGUGAACUUAUCUCUUGCGAUCAAAGUGGAAGAGUAAGUGCAUGGGAUUUGGGUGAAGACUCUUGUACACACGAAUUAAUUCCUGAGGAAGAUGUGCCGAUGAGUAGUGUUACAGUCGCGUCUGAUGGAAGUAUGCUUAUUGCAGGGAACAACAAAGGAAAUUGCUACGUUUGGAGGAUGCUUAAUCACCAAGGAGCUUCUUUACUUCAGCCAGUAGUGAAAUUCCAAGCUCAUCCGCGAUAUAUAACGAGAUGUGUGCUUUCACCGGACGUAAAGCAUUUGGCGACAUGUUCUGCCGAUGCCACUGUUAAUAUUUGGAGCACUGACGAUAUGUCGUUCAUGUUGGAAAGACGUCUGCAAGGGCAUCAAAGAUGGGUUUGGGACUGUGCAUUCUCUGCCGACUCAACGUAUCUAGUUUCAGCUUCAUCGGAUCAUGUAGCUCGUCUGUGGGAACUUUCAAGUGGAGAAACAAUUCGCCAAUACUCUGGUCAUCACAAAGCAGCGGUAUGCGUUGCUUUGAAUGAUUAUCAAAUUUAA